UCGAACUGUUUAGAAGUGUUUUGGCGGUUUAGCGGCGUCUCGAAUGAAAAUGCGAAGUAGACGCGUAUAGACACGUACGUCUAAGGUGGCUGGUGGCUAAUUGCAAGUGUGUGCAUCUAAAUAAUUAACCAGUACUUUGCCAUUUUACAGCAGCAAGUGUUAGAAAAAAUCUACUAACUACAAAUAAAUACGUGCAACAAAUAUAUAUGUACAUACUUAUCAAAGAAAAAAGCCAUUGUGAUCACACAGCUUCUUAGCUGUCUCGAAAAACUUCGCGCAUGAAUCUUACUCAUAUUGCGCCUGCGUCUCGCACAUAAAUUUUUACAACUUCUAAUGAAAUUUUUCGCAACCUGUACGACAACACCAACAACAAUAAUUCGACAAGCCAACCAACCAACGCUUCCUUGUGCACGCAAUCAACUUAACAACAACAACCAACCGGCCAAUCCAAUUAGCAUCCACCAAAUGCCCAACAAAACGCCGUCAUUUGACACCUAAACGCCAAACUGUGAAAUCUACGAGUAUGUAUGUAAAGCGUGUAGCAAUUUUACAUUCGCCUGGAAAUGUGAUACAUAUGUAUGUAUGUAUGUAUGUAGCUUAACGCACAAGCGAAUUGUUAUAUACUUCUAAUCGCAAUCAUACGUGCAUAUCUACAUAUUUGCAUACAUAUUGUAAAUAUUUACCGUAUUUGCAUAUCAACAAAAUAUGUAUAUCUGCAUAAAAAUAUUAUUUAUUAACUACUCUUGAAAAAAAAAAUAUAUUAACUACUCAGCUACGAUAUAAGUAUUUACAUAUGUACAUAUAUAUAUACAUAUCUUCAACCAUACGGCCAAUGAAUUAAGUGUUCACAAAGUGCGUUUGUGCUGUUGCAGUUAUUUGCAGUUGUGUAUUUGUUGUUGUAGUGCUAUGAUGCGAUUGCCAGACGCACGCACAAAAACGCUACCAAGAAAUGUGGAAAAAUCGUAACAAGUUUUUAAUAUUUUUGCUUUGGAUCAUGGAAAUAAGAUUAGCAUCCAGCUUUACGUCAUCCAUACUCUGUUCCCGCAUACCAGGCCUAACGCCACAACAACGCCAACUGUGCAGCGAAUCGCCCGACGCACUGAUCGCAUUGGGCGAGGGUCAUCAGAUGGGCGCACAUGAGUGUCAGCAUCAGUUUCGCGGUCAUCGCUGGAACUGCUCACAAGUUUGGCAAGAAGGUGUUUUUGCGCACGUCAUGUUUGUCGGUUCCCGCGAGGCGGCCUUCACCUACGCCAUCGCUAGCGCCGGUGCAGCGCACUCUGUGACGGCAGCCUGUGCGCGUGGCAACAUUUCACUUUGCGGCUGCGAUAUGCGGCACAAGCCCACCAGCGUGCGACGCGCAAGCGCCGACUUUGACGCCAGUGGACUGCAGUCGGACACGCAACCCUGGAAGUGGGGCGGCUGUUCGGCCGACAUCGAUUUCGGCAUGAAGUUCGCACGCAAAUUUCUUGAUGCACGCGAAAUCGAAGGCGAUGCGCGCAGUCUCAUGAAUCUGCAUAAUAAUCGCGUUGGCCGGAAGCUAGUUAAAAACCUGCUAAAGACGGACUGCAAAUGCCAUGGCGUGAGCGGUUCGUGUGUAAUGAAGACGUGUUGGAAGAGUCUGCCACCGUUUCGCCAGGUCGGCGAAGUGCUCAUGCGGAAGUACAACAAAGCCAAACUCGUGCAAGCCGUCAAAGGCAAACAUGGACUGAGAUUAGUAUUAAGCAAGAAGAAUCGUUUCGGCAAGCAUGUUCAUGUACCGAAGCGUAUGGAGCUCGUCUAUCUCCAGGCGUCGCCGAAUUAUUGCGAGCGCAGUGUGCAACUGGGCACACUCGGCACGACGGGACGCCUUUGCAAUCGUACCUUGCAUGGACCUCAAAGCUGUGAUCUACUGUGCUGUGGGCGUGGCUACAAUACGCAUCAGAUACGCCGCACCACACAGUGCCGUUGCCAGUUCAGGUGGUGCUGUCAGGUGCAGUGUGAGGUGUGUGAGGAGAACUAUGAGGAGUUCACUUGUAAAUAAAUGCAAUUUUAGUGCAGAAAUACGAGCUUAAGUUAAAUUUGAUAAAACGAAAUGUUUACUGUUAGACAUUAUAGCGCUUGUGUGCUGAAUAAGUGGCUUAUUUAUUAUUUAGUUCGCUUUCGUGUAAGAUAUUUAAUUUGUAUUGCAGAGAUUUCUCUAUACUCGAAUGUAUGUAUUUAUGUAGUAUUAAGUAGGUUAUGUUUGACGUCGUUAUUCUUAUGUAUGUAGCUAGAGUUAGCUAUU